UGUGACUACCCUCCACACUGACGGGUUAGAAGUGAGGUGGGAGUGAGGUGGAGGGGCUCAUGUUUUAUAAGAGUGAAGAUCAAAACUUGAAUGAUCAGAGAGACAGACACUUUCACUAAAGCUACAAAUGUACAAUGUGUACAUUUGUACGCCUGCUGUGUGAGCGAGACUGAUUCUGAUAUCUGCUAAACCAAGCCAGGAGAUUAUUUUCUGAGUGAUUCAGAUUGUAAACAUUUGUUGUUUAGAGAUACUACACUCAGCUACUGACGGACAAAGCCACAGAAUAAUCCUGAAGAUGAGAUCCAGCCUGGGGUUAGCCUGUCUUCUCUGCUUCAUCACAUGGAUGAGCUUGGUCCAAGCAACCCAUGGACCUGUGUCAAGCUGUUGUCUUAGGUGGUCCACCACCAUGAUCCAACUUGACCGAAUCAUGAAUUACACCAUCCAGUCUGAAGGAAUCUGUCCCAUAAAAGCUGUAGUGUUUCAGACGCAGUCCGGAAACAGACUUUGCUCCGACCCUAACAACAGGUGGGCAAAAAGAGCCAUGAAGAAGGUGAACGAGAAAACAAAAGCGUUGCUAAAGGUGGAACAGAAUGAACAGGGAUCAGCAAGUGACAACAAACCAGCAGUGUCCACUACACCAAAAAAAGAACCACUGAAGAAGGGCAGGACAAGAAAGAAGGUGCAGAGGAAGAGGUCAAGGGCAGUGAAGAGGUGGCAGAGAAGACGUGGCUGAGGAAUCAUAAGACAAGUCAGAAAGUCAGAGUCACCUCUGCCAACACACAUUGAUCUUUCCAAGAGGACUUGUCCUGCUAUAUCACAUUAACUAUAAACAAACCUGAAACUGAGUUUUAUAUAUCAUUAUAUUGAAAAUUGAAUAUGUACUGUGUAUUUAUAUAUAUAUUGACCUUUUAUAUAUGUACGUCUGUGUCAGAGUGUAUAUAUAUAAAGUCUCAAUAAACAACAAUAAAGUCUCUCGGAUUAAAUGA